AAGCGUUUUGCUGCUUCCUACAGACAUCCUCAUACGGAACUUGAUGCUUCACGACCUUCGACGAUGACACACGACACCACGACUACCGACUCGCAUCCGCCUGCAUCAGCAUCAUGGGAUACCCCUACGCCGCGCAACGAUAGCCCUGAUCCCGAGAAGGGCGGUCCGCUGCCAACGUCCUCGGACGAUGAGAACAACUUUUCGAAAAUCGACUGGGCCGAUGACCCAGAGAACCCUCAUAACUGGCCCAUGGGGAAGCGCAUUCUGCAUACCGUUGUGCCAUCUGCCAUUGCCUUUGUCACAACCUUCGGUUCCUCAGUCUACACGCCUGGCCGCGCGGAAAUUAUGACGCAAUUCGGAGUGGGAUCGGUCGUCGCGAUCCUGCCUUUCGCUCUCUACACACUGGGCCUGGCGCUAGGCCCGCUGAUCGCAUCGCCAUGCAGCGAGAACUUUGGCCGCCGCGCGGUCUACUUUGUGUGCACGCCCAUCUUCGGGCUGUUCAUCCUGGGCGCUGGUUUCUCUAACAACAUCGCCGCGCUGACCAUUUGCCGUUUCUUCGCGGGCGCUUUUGGCUCCCCUGCGCUCAGUGUUGGAAAUGCAACGUUAUCGGAUGUGUGGCGCCCGCAUGAGCGCGCCGUGCCGAUGGCGUUGAUUGUGUGUUGCCCGUUUCUUGGGCCGACAUUGGGCCCUCUCAUUGGCGGCUUCGUCGUCGAAGGCGAGUCCUGGCGCUGGACCGAAUGGGUGAUUCUCUUCUUCAUGGUCGCCUUCCUCUGCCCCGCUUUCCUCAUGAGCGAAACCUACAAAAAGCAAAUCCUGCUUACCCGCGCCAAAAAGGCCGGCCUGGACCUCACGCGCACGCAGACCAACGCAUCGCGCUCCUCGCGCGCAGCAUCGGGCGCCCGCGCCCUCCUGAUGAACACGGUCGGCCGCCCCGUGCACAUGCUCUUCACGGAACCCAUCAUCGGUCUGUUCUCGCUGUACGUCGCCUUCGUCUUCGCGAUGCAGUACGCCUUCUUCGCGGCCUUCCCGUGGGUUUUCCGCACGCAGUACGGCUUCAACCUCGGCUCGCAGGGCCUGACAUUCCUGGGUCUGGGCGUCGGGUGCUUCGUGGGCUUCUCGACCAUCGUAGGGAACUUCUACCUCUUCGAGCGGCCGCGCGCGCAACGCUGGCGCGCACAACAAGCGCAGCUCGCGCAGCAGCAAGAGGAGGAACAAGCUAAAGCGGAACCCGGCGCUGAUGCCGCGCCCCCCGUCCCCGCGCUCCCGCGCAACCCGCCCCCGGAGUUCACCCUCUUCAUCGCGUACCCAGGCUCCUUCCUGCUUCCGUCGUCGCUCUUUCUCUUCGCCUGGACCGCCGCGUACAAAGUGCACUGGAUCGUGCCCGUCAUCGCGGAGACGCUGUUCGGCGUGUCGAUGCUGCUGAUCUUCAUGGCCUGCACCCUGUACCUGAUGAACACGUACGGCCCGCUGUACGGCGCCAGCGCCAUGGCCGCCUGCUCCCUGCUGAGAUAUGUCUUGGGCUGCGCGUUUCCGCUCUUUAUCCUCCAGAUGUACGAGAAGUUGGGCGUGGGCUGGGCGACGAGUUUGCUGGGCUUUGUAAGCGUCGCUAUGGCGGUUAUUCCGUGGUGUUUUGUGCGCUGGGGGGAGACGUUGAGAAGGAAGAGUCGGUAUCCUUGUGAGGCGUAGGUGGUGGUGGGGGAGCGGGGUUGUUGGUUGAGAGGAGGUGUAAUGAGGAAGAGAGAAAAAAGAGAGGGGCGAAACAGAACAAAACAAACGCCACUCCAACGGCAUGGCAUGGCAUGGCAUGGCAUGGGACAGGUUGGCAUGGUUGAGACGGACAUUUGCGUACAUCGUGGUACGUACUGCUUUAGCGCGCUGAGAUGAUGAUACCCAUAUGUAUUAUGUAUUGUGUAUGUAUAGAAUAGAGCUAGGAUGAACGAUAUUUACCCACCUACUUACUUACCCACCUACUUACAUACCCAC